CAAUGGGAGCCGCCGCCGUCGCCGUGUAGUGUUUCGUGCUCCUCCUUUUCCUCCUCCUCUUUCUCCUCCUCCUCAGGGCCCCAGUCAGGCCGAUCCGCUCCGUUCACGAUAACUCAAAAAUGGCAGAACUCUUUAUGGAAUGUGAAGAAGAAGAGUUGGAACCCUGGCAGAAGAAAGUAAAAGAGGUUGAGGAUGAUGAUGAUGAUGAGCCCAUAUUUGUUGGAGAGAUAUCAAGUUCAAAACCGGCAAUUUCAAAUAUUUUGAAUAGAGUAAAUCCCAGCUCAUAUUCAAGGGGAAUAAAGAAUGGCGCACUCAGUCGAGGUAUUACUGCUGCAUUCAAGCCUACAAGUCAACACUACACGAACCCAACAUCAAAUCCAGUGGCUGCCUCGCCAGUAAAUUUUCAUCCUGAAUCUAGAUCUUCAGAUAGUUCUGUUAUUGUUCAGCCUUUGUCUAAACCUGGUUACAUAACAAACUCAUCACGAGGUGCAUCUAGUAAUACUACAGAGUUACUGUUUGACUUGACCCAGGAUACAGGAUUAUCACAUUACCAAGGGGGACCAACACUUUCUAUAGCAGGUGUGAAUGAAAGUCCAUUUUUAUCAAAACGUCCUUCUACUUCUGAAGUAAACAGUGUUAAUCCAAAAAAACCUAAGCCCAGUGAAAGUGUUUCUGGAGCAAAUUCCUCAGCUAUAUUUCCUUCAGCUAAAUCUCUUUCAGUGACAUCUCCCCAGGCUAUGCCAUCAAAAGGUACAAAUGCCUUAUCAAAUCAAUCUAAAAAUGGAACACCUUUUCCAAGAGCUUGCCCAAAGUGCAAUAUUCAUUUCAAUCUUUUGGAUCCUUUGAAAAAUCACAUGAAGUACUGCUGUCCAGACAUGAUAAAUAACUUUUUGGGACUGGCUAAAACAGAAUUUUCAAGUACAGCAAAUACAAAUAAGGCUAUUGAUUCAGAGAAAGGAAAAUUGAUCAUGUUAGUUAAUGACUUUUAUUAUGGAAAACAUGAAGGAGAUAUCCAGGAAGAACAGAAGACUCAUACAACCUUUAAAUGCUUCAGUUGCUUGAAAAUUCUUAAAAAUAAUAUUAGGUUUAUGAACCACAUGAAACACCAUUUGGAACUUGAGAAGCAGAGCAGUGAAAGCUGGGAAAACCACACCACCUGCCAGCACUGCUACCGUCAGUUUCCCACACCAUUUCAGUUGCAGUGUCACAUUGAGAGCACACACACCCCCCAUGAAUUUUCUACCAUUUGCAAAAUCUGUGAAUUAUCAUUUGAAACAGAGCAUGUUCUUUUACAACAUAUGAAGGACAAUCAUAAACCCGGUGAAAUGCCAUAUGUUUGCCAGGUUUGCAAUUAUAGAUCAUCAUCGUUUUCUGAUGUAGAAACUCAUUUUAGAGCGUCCCAUGAAAACACUAAGAACUUGCUGUGUCCAUUUUGCCUCAAAGUUAUUAAAAUUGCGACACCCUAUAUGCAUCAUUAUAUGAAGCAUCAGAAAAAAGGAAUACAUCGUUGUACAAAAUGCAGACUGCAAUUUUUGACAUGCAAAGAGAAAAUGGAUCACAAGACUCAGCAUCAUCGAACAUUUAUAAAACCUAAGCAGCUAGAAGGAUUACCUCCUGGAACAAAAGUUACUAUUCGAGCUUCAGUUGGACCUCUUCAAUCAGGAUCUUCAACUACACCUUCCAUUAGUGCAAACACUUCUACCCUACAGGUUUCACCUCCAAGGACAAAAAGUAUAACUGCUAAAAAUCCCACCAAAUCUAACACAAGUAAACUUAAUCCAACUAAAUCUAAUGCAAGUAAACCUAAUGCAAGUAAGCCUAAUGGAAAUAAAUCUAAAUUAAAAUCAAAAUUCUCUAAUAUGCAAAAAAAACAAAGCAGUUUGGCUAGUAGCAAUAGAAAAAGUAAAGUCAAUACAGCAUUGAGGAACUUAAGGUAUCGUCGGGGAGGUCACAAGUGCAUUGAGUGUUGUUCCGAAGUAAAAGAAUUUGCAAACCACUUUCCUACAUAUGUCCACUGUAGUUUUUGCAGAUACAACACUAGCUGUAGCAAAGCCUAUGUAAAUCAUAUGAUGAGCUUUCACAGUAAUCAUCCAAGUAAAAGGUUUUGUAUGUUUAAGAAGCAUUCAGAAAAUCUCAGGGGCAUUACUCUAGUGUGCCUUAAUUGUGAUUUCCUAGCUGAUGUUUCUGGCUUAGAUAAUAUGGCUACGCACUUGAGUCAGCAUGAAACUCAUACUUGCCAAGUUGUAGUAGACAAAGCUUUUGUUCGUAUCCCAACUUCUGAACAUCUUUCUGAAUUAAAAACUGAAGCUCCCACUAAGGAACAAAAACCUGUGUCUGAGGAAAUUGCAAGACCUAAUAUGGCUGAAGGAGAAACAGAAAGAUCAAAUUCUGAGAGUACACCUGAUAAAACUUCAGAAGAAAAAAGUGGGUGUGAUACAAAUUCAUUUGAAGGAUCAUCAGCAACAAAAAGUGAAGAAAGCACAAUAGUUUCAGAUAAAGAAAAUAAUACCUGUCUUGAAGACAAGGAAACUGACUCAAAGAAUAUCUCCAGUUGUGAUUCAAAUAUUGGUGAAGAUAAAGUGGAAAAGGAAAAACAACUAGAGCACAGUUAUCAGGAAACGGAGUUGAAGAUGUGCCAAAGUUCAGAAAACAUAAUUUCAUGUGUUCAGAUUAAAGAUCAAAACUCCAGUGAAGCUAGGUCUUCUUCAAAGAAUAUUAAGGAUUUGAGGUUAACAUCUGGUGAUGUUAGCAUUGAUCAGUUUUUGAGAAAAAGAGAUGAACCUGAAUCUGUUAGUUCUGAUGUUAGUGAGCAAGGCAGUGUUCAUCUGGAACCUUUGACUCCAUCGGAGGUACUUGAGUAUGAAGCCACAGAGAUUCUUCAGAAAGGUAGUGGUGAUCCUUCAGCCAAGUCCGAUGAAAUAGCGUCUGAUCAAACAGAUGAUGUUCCUAGAGAUAGCCCUAGCACAACAGAGACAACAGUAGACCUGGCAGAUGAAAAAGAAAGAAGUUGAGAUUAGUUAAGUCAUUCUCAGUUUUAGUGUACCAACAGUAAGAGCAUUUGCAACAGUGCUAUCAGGUGAGCUCAGCAGUGCUGUUGUGGAGUUCAGAAAUAGAAAAAUAUGAGGGAGGUCAUUCAUGCACUUCAUCUGUAUGUUCAACCUAGGUUAUUACAGAAAUCAAUUCAAUAAUAUGAUUAGUAUGGCUUUCCAAGAGGUUUUAAAACAUGAAUAGGAUUUUAAUGAAAGGUAAGCUUACA